AUGUGUAUUCUCGCCCCGUUCACCCUGCCCUGCUGCAGGCAAAUCUAUGUCAGCGUCUCUCGAACCACACAAUGCCCCCAAGACUGGCCCAGUAGCAAGUGCGCCUCAGAGAUCUGCAUUCAGAUACAUCAGUACGAGCCCGAGCAUAGAUCUACUGGAAUCUGCUGGAGAUGCCAGGCGGACAAAGAGGGCGAGAUCGGAUCUGUGAGGGAGAAGAGAAGACCGGCGAUCGAUAAAGCAAGGGUCGCUGCUGGUUUGGAACCUUCUGAAUCACCUGUCAGUCCGAAGAAGCGGUCUCGAACAAAUACCGGCAGCCGGAGCGGUAACAAGCCCAACAAGAAGAUAAAACUUGAGGCUCAAGAUGACAAGAUUUCAAGCCUUCGGAGCCAUCGGAGCCAACACAACGGUUAUCAGUUAUUCGGCACCGACUUCCAACUAUGCCCAACAACUUCUGGCCCCUCUAGAUCCGCAUUUGGAGACAAUCUUAGCAUACCAUUCUAUGGAGAUUAUGAGCCACAAGACUUCUCACCAGACAUGCCGGAAACAGUCUCCAACAACUGGCACGCUGUGAACCAACAGCGCGGUGGUGACAGUCAUUACAACGACUUUCCAAAUCGGAACGUCCAAGACCACCAGCACCAUGGAGUUGAAAGAGGCAACACUUUCGGAUACAAGUCACCAAUGCAGGUCGCUCAGAAAUCUUCCAGUCCAGUCAUACGUUUCGCUGCUGCUAUGGAGAAUAAUUUGGACCCGUCGUUCUCCAGCCCCGCUCUCAACCCAAGUUUUGACGAGUUUGAAGACACGAAUGACGCCCUACUAAGCCAACUUUUGAACGCCCACAAUACUCCGCCCCUAACUACCGAAAGCCUGACGGACCUGCAGUUACAUUCUUCACCGAGUUAG